AUGCCGUUCGGCCUGACUAACGCCCCUGCAAUCUUUUGCACUCUAAUGAACAAGGUAUUCCAACCUUUCUUGGACAAAUUUGUUGUGGCUUACAUCGAUGAUAUUGUGGUGUACAACAAUUCUCUGGAGGAGCACAUCGAGCAUUUGCAUAAGGUAUUCCAAGUUCUGAGAGAGAACAAGCUAUAUGUGAAGAAUGAGAAGUGCUCAUUUGUCCAAGAAGAGAUAGAUUUCCUUGGUCACAAGAUACGGGGAGGACAAUUGGUCAUGGAGGAGGGCAAGGUGCGAGCCAUUCAAGAGUGUGAACCACCAACCAAGGUACCUGAGUUGCGGUCUUUCCUUGGAUUGGUCAACUACUAUCGCAAGUUCAUCAAGGGAUAUUUAGCCAUUGCCGCCUCCUUGACGGGUUUGCUGAAGAAUAACAAGACGUGA